UUGAUUUGGUUGCUUGCAAAUUGAAGUGAAGAACUCAACUUCAUCCGUCAAUGCUUCUUUUUCUCUCUCGAAAUCAAUCAUUGAUUGAUGAAAUUUGACUCUCCCUCAACGUUUCAAACCCAAAAUCCCUAUAAAUUAUAGCCGUAUUGAUUGUUUAAUCCAGGGUUUUUCACAAUUCCGAACACUUUCAAACCCUAAGUUUUGCAGUAACUGCAGUUUCAUUAUUUCUGUAUCGAAGAAAGUUGAACUCUUUCUGUAACUGGCGAUGGCAGCGGAGGAGAUUGAGUACGAGAGCGAUCCGGAGGAGGCGAAGUUGUCGUUGAAGAUGCGGCGGAGGGAGGCUAGCGACGACGAAGAAGAGGCGGAGCAAGGGGGGAAUCCGCCGCGGAGGAUUGAGUCGGAGUCGGACGGGGAGUCUGAAGGUGGGGCGGCGGAGUAUGAGGAGGAAUUGGACGAGGAAGAGGGAGAUUAUGAUUUGGAUGAGGAGUAUGCGGGGGAGGAGGUAGUUGUUCAGUACGAAGAUGGGGGUGGUGGAAGAAUUGGUGUGGAUGUGGUGGCGGGGGAGAGGGGGGAGAGUGAGAAAGAAGGAACCUUUGAGGGGAAGGUAACGGAGGAGGAGAAGCAGGGGGCUAUUGACGAUUUAGGUGAAAAUGAUGAUGAAGAUAAGAAUGCUGCUGAUGGGGAAGAGAGGAAGGUAAUUGAGCCUUUCUCUGUGCCAACUGCGGGAGCAUUUUACAUGCACGAUGACAGAUUUCGAGACAGUUCUGGAGGGCGAAUUAGGCGAACCCUUGGAGGAAGAAAAUUGUGGGAGUCUAAAGAUGAUAGGAAAUGGGGGCAUGAUAAGUUUGAAGAGCUGACUAUGCACGAAAGGCAUCAUGGAAAGGGUAGAAGGGGUGCUAGAGGAGGCUAUAGAGGCAGCAACAGAAAUAGAGCCACAGACCCUGGAUUUUCACCAGUAAACAGACCUAAAGAAUACACCAAUAACAGCACACAGAUUAAUAAUAAUCAGGGUAGUGCUCCCAAGGGUGGUAGGGGACGAGGACCUCGAAGAUAUCAACAGUCCUUUAAGAACAACAAUGACGCUCCAGCUACGCAGAACAAAUACCCUGGGAAAUCAGUUGAAAAGCAUUUCCAUGUCAGUUCUCGAAGAAAUAGUGAACCUGUAUCUAAUGCAAAACCUGAUGUAGUUCCCAGAAAACAAGUAGCCUCAAAUUUAAACAUUGCUUCUCCUCCAUUUUAUCCCACUGGUUCUUCCACAAAAGACAACACUGCACCCCCUAAUAGGGAUGUCCAAGCUGGCACAAUUAAUCGAAACGGCCAGCAAUCAGUGGUUGGUGAAAAUUUUACUAUGUCACAAUCUACUGUUACGGUGCGAGGAAAAAAUAUCGUGGAUUCCAUCGGUCUGGACAAUCUCUCCUUGGGUGAUUCAUCUUCUUCAGUGGCUGGGAAGUCUUCAAAUACUAUGCAAAUGCCAACACCUGGAUCUUCAUCUUUAAAUCCUGGUCAACCUCAGUUGAGGGGCCAAGGAAGAGGGCCGACUUCCUUCGCACAGAUGGCUUACCAACCAGUUGUCUCUAAUAGCCAACUCAACAGGGUUCAUCCACCAAACCAGCCACAAAAUGUUCAGAGGAAUCAUGGUCAAAGUCGCGCUCUGUCUUCUCAACAUGGUUCUGCCCAGCAGUAUACACAACGUGUGCCCAGUAAUUCACAAGCUUUAUCUCCACCUAAAGCUUCUGGUGCUGUAAAUAAUUCUGAAUCAGGGAAAGUGGAAUCUGCUUCUGAAUUAAAUCAGCCUAAGUCAGCAUCGGUUGCUAAAGGAAAAGGGAAUGCUCCAGGCAGCGCAAAGGGCUCAUUCCUAUAUGGUGGAGCUCAGGUUAUGGGAUCCUCUGGCGGUAUGGGCAGUGGUCCAGGUGAUCAAAAUUUCCCAGCUUUCUUACCAGUCAUGCAAUUUGGAGGCCAGCACCCAGGGGGAAUUGGGGUUCCUGCCGUUGGCAUGGCCUUUCCUGGAUAUGUUGGUCAACCACAACUUGGUGGUCUAGGGAGUUCUGAAAUGACUUGGCUUCCUGUUUUAGCGGGUGCUGCUGGAGCACUGGGUGCUGCUGGAGCCUUAGGUGCAACAUAUCGUCCGCCAUAUAUAACGGUCGAUGGUUCAUAUAAUGCCCGGCCAUCUGGACAGGCAUCUUCUACAGCAGCUGCUUCAAGCAAAGAGAAUAACAGUGCAACAAAAGUAAGUAGCGAUUGGAAGCCUUCACAGAGGUCGGAGCUUGCAAAUGAUGAUUUUGGGCAGAGGCAAAAGAAUCCUCGCAGAUAUACGGAGAUGAAAUUUGACCAGUGAAGUAACUGGAUGGCUUGGUUGCCUUGGAAUAAGCAUAUAAACAAAAAUCUUGAGUCCUUCCAUCUGUUGGGUGUAGAAGAGUUGUUGGGUGUGCUUUUGAUGCAGGCCUUCUUCCGAGGCCCAUUGUGUUCUCCAGUCGUUGAUCUGGAGCACUUUGGGCUACUGCAUUUUCUGAUAUUUUAGGUACUUGAAAACGCCUGAUCAUACUGCCUUAAUUUGAGGAAGAACACUGCAGCUUGACGGGUGGCAGUUCCUUGUCCUUUUUAUGCUGUUAUUGUGCAUUAGUCGUUAGCUGAACCAUGCAAGAAGUUUGUUAUGGAGUUUUGGAGAAAAGCAAAAAAAAAUGAAUAACAAAAUAUUGCUGUGCAGCUGCUGCUUGAUUUAUCGAACUGGGUUUCACCUGUUAUUUAACGUUGAUGUUAUUAUCUGUCUGAUCAAAGGGUUCAUCGUCUUGCAGUUUCUUGUAUUUCAGCUUGAGUUGAACUCUUAAGUUUUAUUCUUCACAUAUGAGCCCGGUGUUCGUCUUGCAUUUUCUGGUAUUUCGGCUUGAGUUGAACUCAGAAACUUUUAUUCUUCACCUAUGAACAUGAUGUUCGUCUAUGUUAAUAUAUACACUUGAGUUGAGAAUAUUCUGCUAUCAUGGUGUUGGAUUCUUUGAACUUUUUAUGAUGAUGUAAGCUUGCCUUAUUUUGCUAUGAGAAA